AUGUGCAUACCUCUAACUGUUAUUGAUUUCAGCAACGAAAACUUGAAGCCUGGCACUGAUAAAUGGGUUUCUGUUUGUCAAGUUGUGAGGACUGCAUUCGAAGAACACGGUGGAUUCCUUGCACUCUAUGAUAAGAUUAAUACAAAGCUAUAUGAAAGUGUCUUCUCUGCUAUGAAACAACUCUUUGAUCUCCCUUUGGAAACAAAAAAGCAAAAAACAAGUGAUAGACCUUUUCAUGGCUACAUAGGACAAGUCUUAUGGCUUCCAUUAUAUGAAUCUAUGGCCAUAGAAGGUCCGUUAACUAUGAUUGAAUGUCAAAAAUUUGCCCAAAUCAUGUGUCCUCAAGGAAAUCAUGGUUUCUGUGAUAUCAUGAAUGAGUACUCUAAGCUAUUGGGAGAAUUAGACCAUAUAGCAAAGAAGAUGGUGUUUGAAAGCUAUGGUGUGGAUAUGAAAAUAUGUGAUUCAAUGAUAGAAUCAAGCAAUUAUAUCCUUCGAUGCUUAAAAUACAGACCACGUGAGAUAGAUGAGAAUGAUAUAGGAUUGCAACCUCACUCUGACUUAACCAUUAUAUCAGUAGUACUUCAAAAUCUGACUUUGUACUACUCUGAUUUUCAAUAUAAGCACAAAAAAAAUAAUAAUAAUUAGGUUCAUUGAAUAAAAUAUGUAUUUGGACCAUAAAUUUGACUUUUUACACUAUAUUUAAUGAUAGUAUACAAAAAUUGUCCUUUUGUAUUUUAUCUUGUUUUCUUAUAAGGGAUGUUUUACCUUUCAUAUAUUCGUAGAAUAUGUAAUGUAUCUAGUCUAUAUUAUAAAUCAAAUACAUUAAAUAUUUAAUGAAUCUAGAAAGAUGAAGUGUAUUUAAUUAAAAGGAUCAAGAGAGUAAUAAAUUCAAGUUUUCAUACCAUUAAUGCGAGUCACACUAUUUAUGUGGGGCAUUUAUAGCUGAUAAUAACAUUCAAUAAUUGGUCAAAACAAUAAAAAUCCUAUUCACCAAUCGUUAGUUGGUUCAGUGGUGAAUGACGCUGAAUUUGGUAGGGAGGACCACGGUUCGAUCCUCACAAUUGCGAUAGGGAGGGGACAGGAACAAUUUGAUCAAAAAAAAAUUGGUGGUGAAAAAAUUGGUGAUAAAAAAAAUUGGGAGGGGAGGACCACGCUGAAUUUGGCCAGAACUGACCCUCGAAUCAGAUUAAACUGGUGGUUAAAGCAAAUAAAAAUAAA